AUGAAAGAAGCCAUUAUCGACAAGACCGUUUCGGUCAUCAUCCACGAUGUUGAAAUCCCCACCCCCAAACCCAGCCAGGUGCUCAUUCGGGUAGUGGUGUCAGGUACCAACCCGAAGGACUGGAAACGCCCCAGAUGGCAACCAGACAUUGUCAUAAACCAGGGAGACGAUAUCGCAGGUUAUGUGGGGGCAGUUGGAGAAGAAGUCCGUAGCUUCCGUAAGGGAGACAAAGUGGCCGCAUUGCAUGAGCUGGGCAGCCCGCAUGGAAGUUAUGCCGAAUAUGCCAUUGCAUGGGAAUACUCAACAUUCCAUCUCACCGAGAAGACCAGCUUUGAAGAGGCUGCUACCCUGAAGCUGCCUCUGCCUUGGACUCCUGCUGAUAAACCCACUCCACUGGUUGUGUACGGCGGUGCCACGGCGGUUGGCGCAUUUGCGAUCAAGUUCGCUAAGCUAUCGAACAUCCACCCUAUCAUCGCUGUCGCGGGCAAAGGUGCUUCCUUCGUCGAGACGUUGAUUAGCAGAGAAAAAGGAGACACGAUCGUCGAUUAUCGCCAAGGCGAUGACGCCGUCCACGAGGGGAUCACGGCUGCUAGCAAGCAUACACCCAUUCACCACGCCUACGAUGCCGUGUCUGAGAAGGGAGGCUAUCAGAAUCUCGGUGCUACUCUCGAUAAACCUGGGAAGAUCGCAGUCGUUUUACCCACGGUAGUUGAUAACAUUCCGGACCAUAUUAGUAUCCUUCGAACUGCGGUUGCGUCUGUUCAUAUGCCCCCUGCCGAGGGCCAGGCUCUUGGUGAUAAGGAGUUUGGGGCUGCUCUUUUCCAAUUCAUCGGUCAAGAUCUGGCCCAGGCUUGGUUCUCGGGUCACCCAUAUGAAGUGAGAAAAGGCGGACUGGGAGGUCUCGAGGGCGCAUUGAAAGAUCUGGAGGCUGGCAAGGCAUCUGCGGUGAAAUAUGUGAUUAAGAUUGCCGAGACUGAGGGAUUCCAGCAGUAG